ACAAAGCGGCAGGACGCGCGGCGGCGGGUGGCAGGAGCGCUGGGGAGCUAGCCAGCCGGUUAGCCUUCUCGGCGGCCGCGCCACAAGAGCUCGAGCAACUCGGACGCGGGGACCCGGGCCGGGCCCCAAGAUGCCAGCGAUCGCGGUGCUCGCGGCCGCCGCCGCGGCGUGGUGCUUCCUCCAGGUGGAGAGCCGGCACCUGGACGCGCUCGCCGGAGGCGCGGGCCACAACAACGGCAAUUUCCUGGACGACGACCAGUGGUUGAGCACAGUCUCCCAGUACGAGCGGGACAAGUACUGGAACCGCUUUCGAGACGAUGAUUAUUUCAGAAACUGGAAUCCCAACAAGCCUUUUGACCAAGCCCUGGACCCGUCCAAAGAUCCCUGCCUGAAGGUGAAAUGCAGCCCUCACAAGGUGUGUGUGACCCAGGACUACCAGACCGCCCUGUGUGUCAGCCGCAAACACCUGCUCCCCAGGCAAAAGAAGGGGACCGUGGUCCACAAGCACUGGGUCGGACCUUCGAAUCUGGUCAAGUGCAAGCCCUGCCCUGUGGCACAGUCAGCCAUGGUCUGUGGCUCCGAUGGCCACACCUAUACAUCCAAGUGCAAGUUGGAGUUCCAUGCUUGUUCUACCGGCAAAAGUCUCACCACCCUCUGUGAUGGGCCGUGUCCAUGUCUCCCAGAGGCCGAGCCGCCAAAACACAAGGCAGAAAAGAAUGCCUGCACGGACACGGAGCUGAGAAGCCUUGCCUCCCGGCUGAAGGACUGGUUUGGAGCCCUCCACGAGGACGCCAACAGGGCCAUCGAGCCCACCAGCUCGGAAACAGCCCAAGGCAGGUUUGACACCAGCAUCCUGCCCAUCUGCAAGGACUCCCUGGGCUGGAUGUUCAACAAGUUGGAUAUGAACUAUGACCUCCUGCUUGACCACUCAGAGAUCAACGCCAUCUACCUGGAUAAGUACGAGCCCUGUAUCAAGCCUCUCUUCAAUUCUUGUGACUCCUUCAAGGAUGGCAAGCUGUCUAACAAUGAGUGGUGCUACUGCUUCCAGAAGCCUGGAGGUCUCCCUUGCCAGAAUGAAAUGAAUAGGAUCCAGAAGUUGAGCAAGGGGAAAAGCCUGUUGGGAGCAUUCAUCCCUCGGUGUAAUGAGGAGGGCUAUUACAAAGCCACACAGUGCCACGGCAGCACGGGGCAGUGCUGGUGUGUGGAUAAAUAUGGCAACGAGCUAGCCGGCUCCAGGAAACAGGGUGCUGUGAACUGUGAGGAGGAGCAGGAGACCUCGGGGGACUUUGGCAGCGGUGGCUCUGUGGUUCUGCUGGAUGACCUGGAGGAUGAGCAGGAGCUGGGACCCAAGGACAGACUGGGGAAGCCGCGGGUGCAUGCCCGGGCGGUGACGGAGGAUGACGAGGAUGAGGACGACGACAAAGAGGAUGAGGUCGGGUACAUAUGGUAGUCCCCACAUGGAGGAGGACACGAGGUCUGCACAGAAUUGCAAGUCACUUCCUGUUCCUGCAUUUGUCUCUAAGACUCCACAGCACACAGCCUCUUCUCCAUCGUCGCCCUCUCCACCCAAGCUAGGGUUUUGGAAGACAACUCCUUGUUCCCGGAUCAUGCUGAUUUUGCAUACGGCGUGUGGGAAGAAGGGUGUUGUGCUUUGUUUUUUAGACAGGGGAAUGGCUGGCUGAAUGAGAGCCUCCUUCCCUUCUGUGAGUUUUUUUUACAACAAGCAUGUGAUGUAUGUGGGAUUCUGACAAUGCAGGGAGCCCCCACCCUCUAAACGUCAAAGACCCUUUCCAGUCACCCACACGGGUGGUUAUUACAGCAUGGUUCCCAGCCUUACCGUGUCUAAGUGCUUUUCUUGUGUCCUGUAGAUGUUGUGGAAAACACACCACACUGUACCUUUUCCCCCCUGCCCAACCCACCCCCCACCACCCCCCACCACCCCCGGUGUCUAUUAUUACAAAUCAGUUUUUCAGUUCACUUGAUCUGGCUUCCUACAAAUAACAGCCUUAAUUCAGUCAAGAGUCCCUUUGGGGAAUCAAUUUUCUUUAUUAAAAAAGGUAUCUGGAUACUUCUGUCUGUAUGUGCAUAAAUAGGUAAGUAUAUACAGAAGACACUGUAUACACCACUCAGAAAAAAAGGGGGGGGCAUUGGGUAUCUAUUAAAAAAUUUAUUUGAAAAACAAUUACACAUUUGUCAGCUUGUCCAGACCUGGAUCGUCAUUUCUGGAAUAGCAAAUCUGUAUCGAAGUCCUUUUUUUUGCACUACCAGUUGGCACUUGUAGCCUGCAGGCUGAGGAGGCUGUUUCCAUCUGCGGCGGCGGAGUUACUGGAAGCCUCUUUGAUUUGGAUAAGCCUCUGUCUGCCUAAAUCGCUUUCCUCGCAGAAGCCAUGAGACUCCCACGUGGGCAGCUUCACAAGCCAUUGCUCUCAUUUCAGCUCCAACCCCACUUUGGGCUGUGGCAGUCCUGUCUGUGGCAGGCCCCUUUCUCCCCUACCUACUCAAGGGCUUUUUGUAAGGCAUGUACACAUACCCCCUGCUCUCUAAGAAGACAGUAUCCUUGCUGUUCCUUAGCAGAAGAAAAUUUUGCAUCCUUAACUCAAUCUUUCAGUUUUGCCCCUAUCUAUCCACACAUCAUAAUGAGGCUACAAAAGCUCUACAGAUUUUCUUUGAUCACUUAACAUUUGUAAACAAUCUCAGAUGGAGGCCCAGAAAGAACUUUAUAACAGCACAUGGGAAGCCAGGGUGGGAUUUUUUAAGAGCUAAUCCUGCCCUCAUCCCCUCCCCCAUACAUGUGUCAAGGGACUCUUGAAGAAAACCCUUCACCAUUGCAUUUCUUUGCCCUAAGUCAACUCCUGAUUAGAAUCCAUCUCCAAAUUUUGUAGGGUCAUCAUCUCUACAAUCUUUAGGAUUUCUCCCAAUACAAGUACCAAAGAGUAGUCUUCCAAGUGGCCCCAUUUAGUUCAGUAUGGGCCUUAAGCUCCUGUACAACCUGGUUUCCACCUUCCUCACCAGCCACCCAGCAAGGCUCUGUGGCCCACAUUUGUUUUCUUCCCUUCCUGCGCUCCAGCCAGUCCACAAGGAGACCACACAAACUCAGGCAAAAAAUAUAUUCAGCCAAACUAUGAUUAUAGUGGUAGCUGACCAACCCCUACUCCAAACUGACCAUUUGUUUCUACUUUACCAGCCCACCUCAAACUAGUAUUUUUAAAUCCCUGCGUUGGCCAGGCCCACUUGCCUUAUCCCUGGAGUUGGCUGAGAUGGGACAUGAAAUUACUUGAUACACUGAACUUGUUUGGCCUGAAAGACAUGAGUACAGCCAGGACCCUAGGUAUCAGGUGACCAUAGACAAGCUCUGUAUUGGGAUCUCAACUCCAUCACUUCUGUUUCAAUUUUUUUUCUCACUUGAACAAAACUCUGAGAUGAUAAUUUAUGAAAAAACAGGUGCUUAAUUGCAGCUAAAUUAUAAUCACUUAUAUAAAAGAAUCGAGACAUAUUAAAAAAAUCUCAGUCUAGGCCAUCAGAGAAAACCAUUGUUAUUGUCUCCUCUGAGCUUAGAAAAAUGCACAAGAGAACGAAUUAAAAUCGACAAAUUGGUUUCACUUAGAGAAACUUCUAGGAACAGAGUGAACCACUGAUUUUAAUUUGCCUAAUUAUCUUAUGACAAGUGUCAAAUUAAGAUGACACUUAAAGAUCCUUAGCAUUAACUUAAUGAUGGAGAAGAGUGCUCACUAGUCAAUUCCCAGGAAGGUAAUGAGAUGCUCAUUUUCAGAGAUAUUCCAAGAAGAUAUUUUGACUCAUUAAAAUAUUAAAUAAAAAGCCCUCCUAAGACUGGAACCCAAAAUCAAUGGAACAACAUUAAUGCCACUUUUCAUGCCUCACUUUGGCAAGACAGCAUUAGUUUUUUUCAAAGGUACUUUGCGUAAGUACUAAAGAUGUGAUUUUUUAGUUACUUUGUCUUUAGAAGAAUUUUUGCUUUUCUUUUUUCUUGGCAGGAGUGCUUUAGAUAGUGACAAAGUAUCCAUCAAAAUCUUGAUUAAAAAAUAUAGUACUGUGAUAAUCAUUCCCUUAUUGUAGACAGGUAUGGAGUUGAAACUUCAACGACUCAUUUUUGGAACCUCCUUAGUGAAUAGUUUUAUUUUUAUUCUAUAAAUGGUUCUUUAAUUUGAUACCAUUUCCUUAGCAUCUAAGUUAAGCCCCACAAUUUUCUUCCACAAUGGUUAGUUAUCUACCAUAUUAGUGUCUUUUUGUUUCCGCCAACAUUCUAGGCAUGUUGUAGGCAAGGUAGGGAAUUCCCUCCUACUGAACCAGUUCUUCCUCCUUCAUGCCCGUCUUCCCACACCCAGCAGUGAAUGACAACAUGUCUGUCCAGGUCUGCCCCUCUCCUCUUCCCAGGAUGCCAUCUACAGUUUUGUUUUUAACCUUGACCACACUGUACAGUAACAAACAAGAGCCCUUUCUACAGUGGGUGGUUUUGGUCUUUUUAUACCUUUUUCUCAAAGUCACUGAUGUCUGUCUCUGUUCCAUGUGUAGCAAUGUAAUGAGAGCCCACCAACUCCUGAGUGUCAAGUUUGUUGUCCCUGUUGUAGAUGAAAUAGUGAAGUAGAUAAACCUAGUAAAUUCUGAAUGCUUUCCCAUGUAGACUUAUCUGGAAUGUGAACAUGACUCUUUUGGUUAAUAGUAAAUGCUUAACUGUAGUCCUGA